GCAUGGUUUGUGUGUAGACAACACUGCUGAUAGCAGUGGAUACAGUUUGAGAAAAGUGGUUGGUUAGAUGUGCACAGAAGCGAUGUCCGAUGAAGGCGACGUGGAUAUGACAAAGCAGCAGAAGGGUGGAACAUACAUGCCAACCGAUUUCAAGCAGAUGUUGAUGACACAGGCGAAGAAAUUGGGAAUGCUUGUUGAAGGUUCUAAGGACGAGAUGAAGAGCGGUGCAGCAGAAAUUUUAGUACUCUCGAGUUUGAAGGACAUACUGCAAGCUCCCCCGCAAGACGUCCAAGAACUUCCAGUAAUUAUUGCAAACGGGAUGGAGUAUGUUUUACUCGACCAACUGAUGGAUUUCAUGAAAAAGAAACCUGACGAUCGCAAUGUCAUACAUGAGGCAUUGCAUGAUGUGACAGAGCAAGCACUGACGGACAAGGACCUCAUUACGUACAGGGUGCGGCGUGUGGACGAUGAUGUCGUAUGUGGUACUCCAUUGUGGGAUGAAAUGUUCAUGGCAGCUUUGCAUCGCCUCAGCAUUGCGACUUCUGAGGUGGAUAGAAAUAGGUCAAGGGAAGAAGGAUGGAAGUUGGUGGCCAGGAAAGCAGAUGUUGCACUUCAUGCAGCAGAUGGACAUGCUUCAGCAGGGGAAAAAAUUGUGAGAACAGCCUCCAUUGUGCAUUCUCCAAUAAACACAAUGUCGAAGGAGGAGGUAGAAGAAGAAGAUGAGUUCAAUGACUGGACAAUGACAGAACAACAACGGGAACGAGGGUUCGAAGACUCUUCUUUACCGAUCGAUUUUGAAUAUGAGAUUGAAGAAAUAAGAGUGAUCAACAAUGAAAAAGUUGCGAGGGCGCCUAACAAUGAGGUGGAAGUGAGUGGCAGCGAUGUGAGCAGCGACGAGGAGGRUGAGGAAUAUGAUGCCUACUGGGAUAUGGAAGCAGGGGGAGGACAAGCGUCAAAAGGGUGGGCACAUGCGAUUCUAAGGUUGGCACUGCACAACGUUCAAUCGGUUUCUUGCCUCGAAAUAGAACCUCCCAGGGAGGGGAUGAACAUAUGUGGUUCUCGCAUGGGCCAGUUGAGCCACCAUGUCCAAACUAUUAUCAGAGCGGACAAGGGUGUGGACACGAAUGGUAAAACACGUUAUGUCAUACCUCUGUCUCUGUAUUCAGACAAGACUCAUGUAGACGGUCGUCAAAAGCAGUCAGCGUAUCCUCUGAUGACGUCAAUAGCCGAUCGCGCAUCGGACGCCACACUCCUUGCGUAUCUUCAUGUGCUUCAACAUCGGCCACGUGACAAGGGUUGGGGUCUGCACUCCACCGCGUUUAGAAAACGGAAAGCUGUGAUAUUGCAUAAAGCGUUGUCCACAGUAUUGCGGUCCGCAAAGGAGGCAUCCCAUGACGGCAUGAUAGUAACAACGGAGCUGUUCGGCGAGAUAACAGUCCAUCCUUUCGUCAUGUACUAUAUACAGGACUAUCCCAAAAGGUGUGCCCUUGCAACUGUGAAAUUCGGUGUUUGUCCAACAUGCACAGUGUCCAAAUACGAUUUCGAUGUCAUCGCUGAUUUCAGCAACUGCAGGAGGUCGCAGACGCUAGAGACGCAACUUGCUGCAAACUGCUUCAACAAUGGAGACAACGAUAUUCGCCGUGCCGCAGAGGCACGAAUGUUAAAAUUGAACAUGCAUAAGCAUGUUCAAGAGAACAGUCUUUGGGGAUUCUUCAGGAGUCCGAAUGGUGACGAUCCUCAACUAGAUUACCAUCUCGCUUUGCAACUGGACCGUAUGCACACCAUUGAACACGGCAUUUUCUUGCAUAUGAUAGAUGCAUUCAAGGCAGCAACUUACAAGAAGUUGCCGGAUAUCGCGCAAACCGAGAUAUUGCACGAGAUGGAUGCGAGGUUGCAGAGCAUCAGUGAGAGAUGUGUGAGGACAUACCCGCAACUCGUGUUGCCCGUGGCUACAGGUUGUGAUUUCUUUUCAAGGGAAGGACGUUUUGAAGCGAAGCAAAAUCGGUCUAUGAGCGAAUCUUACAAAAUGAACGAGGGGGUAGAUGGCAAGGGUUGUAUCAUGGGCUCAAAAGCGACGGAGAGUUCAGAAACAGCAAGGAAUGACGAACAGUCAUGUGGACCAAGUAUCAACGAGUCGUUGCUCCCGUUGAGCAGUGAGAGAUCAGUGAAGCGAUGGAAGAGGAUACUGGAGGACCCGUGGUAUGCGGAAAUGUACCAGAUGAUGACCACAAAUGACGUCCAAUAUCCUCAGAUGGCACAUGAACCUUUGUUCAGUAUUGCAGGGGGCAAUCAGUCAAGAGGUAUGAUUGCAGAGGCUGGAAAGAGGUCCGAGAGGGUGGACGAGGAACACUUGUUCCCAAUCACGUGGACAUCAAGAAGACACGCCAUAGCGAUAACGAAACGGGACGUAUUGCGAUUGGGUCCGAAGCAGUGGCUGAAAGUCGACGUGAUCAAUAUGUACUUACAGUCCGUCUAUGAAUAACAUUUCCCUGCACUCCAUAACACGACACUUCAUGUUUGCACAACUUUCUGGCAUCCCGCAGUGAUCGCCAAUCAUAAGGUUUAUGUUUCGAAAGCAGGAUGGCAGGAGCGGAUCAAAAGUAAACCUGCAAAGCUGCA